CACAAGAGGUGUAGGAGAGAAGAUCAUGCAACCUUCAGCCGCGAACUUCCUAAAGCGGAUGGCCCAAGGUGUCGCGUGGGCUGGACCGAGCUGGGGAGGCGACUGCCCAGAGAGUCGGACCACAGACCAGCUCCAGCAGCAGUCAUGAUAAGAUUGAUAGCAGUAAGUCUGCUGGUGGGCCUUGCCCUGGGGAAGCCGCAGACCGACCCCUGCCACCCCAGCCCUUGCGGACCAUUCACCACUUGUUCCGUCGGCGGAAACGGAGCGGCCGUGUGUCGCUGCCUGUCCGGAUACUUCCCUCAACCCAACACCAUUGUUGGAUGUGGAGCUCAGUGUGUCAAUGCCCAGGAUUGUGCCCAUGACCAGCAGUGCAAGCAGGGAAAGUGCGUCAACUCCUGCGCGGACUCACCUUGCGGCCACGGUGCCGAGUGCCGCGCUCAGAGUCACAGGGCCGUCUGCAGCUGUCCUCACAACUUUGUUGGUGACCCACUUGUGUCGUGUCGCGCGAAGCCCGAGGAGCGGAUCGUGGUGCAGCGCAUCGAGGUGGACCCGUGUCUGCAGCGGAGCGCGUGCGGCGCGAACGCCGAGUGCCGCAACGUGGGCGGCCGUCCGGUGUGUUCGUGUCUGCCGGGACACGCGGGCGACCCGUACAGCCAGUGUCGCAGGGGCGAGUGCGCCAGCGACGACGAGUGCCCCUCGAACCGCGCCUGCCGCAACUACCGCUGCGUCAGCCCCUGCGAGGGCUCGUGCGGCACCAACGCCGACUGCGAGGUCCGCGCCAGGGUCGCCGUCUGCAGGUGCCUCUCCGGCUACGUUGGCGACCCCUUCACCUCCUGCCGCAGAUACAACCCCAACGAGCUUUGCGAGCCGAGUCCCUGCGGUCACAACACGGACUGCCGCGUGCAGAACGAGCGUCCCGUUUGCACAUGCAAGCCGACCUUCCAGGGCAACCCCCUGAGCGGGUGCAGACACGAGUGCGAGUCGGACUACGAGUGCGCAGCCUCACAAAGCUGCCGCGACUUCCGUUGCCAGAGCGCGUGCGCAGCUGGCGCGUGCGGCGAGGGCGCCAUCUGCGAGGCCGUCAACCACCGCGCCUCGUGCAAGUGCCCCCAGCACUACCUGGGCAACCCCAGCACCCGCUGCUACCCCGAGUGCACGCAGCAGAGCGAGUGCCCCAACCACCAGGCGUGCGUCAACCUGCGCUGCGUCGACCCCUGCGCAGGCGCGUGCGGAAUCGGCGCCGACUGCAGGGCUACCAACCACAAGGCCGUCUGCUCCUGCCCCAAGACCAUGACCGGAGAUCCCUUCGUCAGGUGCAGACCCUUCGAAAAGGUUGACCUUUGCCAGCCGAACCCUUGCGGCACGGACGCGCGGUGCGUGCCCGGGCACGACAACAGCGGCCGCGAGCGCCCCGUGUGCACGUGUCCGACGGGCUACAUCGGCGACCCCCUGCACCACUGCCGCCGCGGCGAGUGCAUCACCUCGGAGGAGUGCGCGUCCAACAGGGCGUGCUUCGACAACACGUGCCAAAACCCGUGCACGCGCCUCUCGUGCGGCUCCAACGCCAACUGCGAGGUCCGCAACCGCGUCGCCGUCUGCAGCUGCCCCGCCGGCUACUCGGGCGACCCCCUGCACAACUGCUACGCCAACCCCCAGCGGGCCACCUCCGCCAGGUACGUCUACACCAAGUAGAAGAAGAACUGAAGCACCAGAUGAAGAAAAUAAAUGAAUGAAUCGGGGAAUUUUCGGAAUUGUAACUUCGGGUCAAAAUUUUGGUGUCGGAUUGAUCUUUUUUCUAGAUGCAGCAAUUGCGCGUUGAAUUAUGUUCCUUUUUCCCGAGAGCGGUUUUUUGCUCUCAAAGAUUUUUAAUUAAUAAAGCGCACAAAAACCAA